AUGGAUAAAAAGACCGGAAAGGGUAGGCAAAAGAUUGAAAUGGAGUUGACUGAGUCUAAGGAAGCACAUUGUUACUUUCUCAAAAAGGAAAAAAAAAGAUUGUUCAAGAAAGUGGAUGAGUAUUCAAAUCUGACCGGAGCAGAUGUUGAUGUUUUACUCUUUUCACCAAGUGGAAAACUAUAUUCCUAUUGCUCCACGAGUAUAGAUGAAAUUACUGAUAAAUUUUUUUAUUUAAAACUUGAUGAUCGCCAAGGUGAAGGUGAUCAUGCCGAUGUGGGCAAAUCAAAUGUCUUUGAAGCAUUUGAAGAACUUCGUAAAGAAAUACAAGCAUUGGACAAGAAACAAAAAGAGCACCCUCACUCAGGCAUACUGUUACACAAAUAUCUACAUUGCUAA